UCCUACACAGUCUUGCUUUCAUACCUGUCAUGGCGCUGCUCUGAAUAAGGUCUAGUUCCCUGUUUUCACCUCAUUAAUUAUGGUGACGUCAUUAGUGUCAACAGGCUGAGGAAAUCGCCAAUAUGCUAUCAUUACGGGGAAAACUGAUAAGCAGUUAUGAACAACUUUUCUGUCUAAGCAAUCAGGAAGUGGUUUGAAUGAGAAACUUUGCCCAGCCUUACACACGCGCCGCCUAUGAUUAUUUACCUUGUGUAUUUUUCUUAUUCUGUUCACUGGCUAUUUUAUUUAUAAAUGGAUUUUGUUGUUGAAAUUGUUGGCUGACAACAAAUGCCUGCUGAAGCCAUACGUUAAAUUGGAAUAUAUCUUUACUUUUCGGAUUUUCUACAUUUAAAAUAGUCUAGAAAAUCCGUUGCAGAAUGCAGAACAUAUUUCCAAUUUAUUAUUGAUUCAGCUUAUAUAGAGGUCUAUGUCUGGAUGAAUGUUCUGCCCUUCCAGGCGAGCCGCGACUGAUUGUUACACCCCUAGUAUUUGCUUCAAAACAGUAAGAUGUGAUUUACUGAAUGCGGCCCCUUUAAGAAAUAUGACACCUCGCGCACUGAGCAUGCGCAGAAGAGAGACGCUAGAUCCCCUCUAUAGAUUUGUUUUCUUUCUUUUCUCUGUUUUUUCUUUUUCUUUUUGUUGUUUCCUUUGACGCUAAUAUGAAUGUAACAGUCGAAUACAUUGUGAUUUCCUAUAAGUGUAUGUUAUGUUAAUUGUCUUGUUGAGUGUCGCUGUUAACGAUCGUGAAUGAAGGACAAAUGUGGAAAAUUUCCCCUCUGCAGACCAGGUUGAAGUGAAUGAAGUAGAAGAGAAUCAUGAACUUCAAAGCUGCACACAUUCUCUCCUUGUGAAAAGUGUUUCACUUAUAACAGACCUCAAUAAUCAUCUUCUUCAUCACUCUUGAGAAAAGACAUUCAACUGUGAUCAGUGUGAUGUGGUCCUGUGGGCGUCAGUAUCACACAGUGAUCACAGUUCACACCUGCAGUGAAGCUCCUCCCACAACAAUUCACCAAUAAAUACUGGGAAUAUUCACAUCAUCCUACAAGAGAAGGACAAACUCCAGGUGUAGCAGCUGAAAUCUGUGUGACUGUUAAAGAUGGAGUUUAUUAAAGAGGAGAUUGAAGACACGAGUGAUCCAGAACCAUCCAGAAUAAAACAUGAAGAUACUGAGAAAGAAAUAGACCAGAUGGAAAUGAAGGAGCAAAGACACACAUUAAAUGAAGUAAAGAAACACUGUGACUUCAAAACUCAAGAAACAAAAGCCAGAAAGCUGCACACCUGCUCACAGUGUGGAAAGAGUUUCCAAAAUAAAGGAACCCUUAAGACACAUAUAAGAAUUCACACUGGAAAGAAAUAUACAUGCACUCAGUGUGGAAAGAAUUUCACAAAUAAAGGAAACCUUAAUGUACACAUGAGAAUUCACACUGGAGAGAAACCGUAUACAUGCACUCAGUGUGGAAAGAGUUUUUCUCAAGCAUCAGGUCUCAGUUAUCAUCUGCUCCGUUACUCUAGAGAAAAACCAUUUAAGUGUGAUCAGUGUGGAAAAGAUUUUAAUUGGUCAGCAAAUCUAAAAAAACACCUAAAAGUUCAUUCAGGUGAGAGGCCUUAUGUGUGUUCUCUCUGUGGAAAGAGUUUUUCACGACUGGAUAGUUUGAAACAGCACGAGAAAAUACAUAAUGAAGUGAAAGAUCAUGUAUGUUCUGAGUGUGGGAAGAGCUUUACUACAACUGGUGAUCUGAAACUGCACCAAAGAAUUCAUACUGGAGAAAGACCUUACAAGUGCUCAUACUGUGACAAGAGUUUCAGUCAUUCUAGAAACCUAAAAAUGCAUGAGCAAGUUCAUACUGGAGAAAGACCUCACAAGUGCUCAUAUUGUGACAAGAGUUUCACUCAGUCUGGAAACCUGGAAUCUCAUGAGCGCAUUCAUACUGGAGAGAAGCCGUAUCACUGUAUUCAGUGUGGAGAGAGUUUCAAAGAUGCAACAGGUUUAAAAACUCAUCUGUUUAUUCACUCUGGAGAAAAGCCGUUUAAGUGUGAACAGUGUGGUAAAGAUUUCAAUUGGUCAUCAAAUCUAAAAAGACACCUCAAAGUUCAUUCAGAUGAGAGGCCUUAUGUGUGUUCUCUCUGUGGAAAGAGUUUUUUAUGGCAAAAGAGUUUUAAACUGCACCAGAAAACACACGAUGAAGUGAGAGAUCAUGUGUGUUCGGACUGUGGGAAGAGCUUUACUACAAUUGACAUUUUGAAACAGCACCAAAGAAUUCAUACUGGAGAAAGACCUUACAAGUGCUCAUAUUGCGACAAGAGUUUCACUCAGUCUGGACACCUGAAAUCACAUGAGCGAGUUCAUACUGGAGAGAAGCCGUACCACUGUACUCAGUGUGAGAAGAGUUUUAAACGUUUAUCAAGCCUUCACAUUCAUAAUGAAAUAUGUAUGUGAGCAACAUUUGUUUUCAUGUCAAACAAUAAAUACUGUGAGAUAAACUAUUUUUUUCCACUCAACAGUCAACAACUCUUACAGUGUAAAUAAAGCUGUGUUUUUAUUUUCUGUCAGGAUUGAUUGUGUGCUACAUCGAUCUACAAUUAGAUAUAUUCACGUCAUUUUCAUAUUUACUAAGUGUAUUAAAUUAUCUGAUUGUACAUGCAAUUAUGAGAAAUAAAACAGAAACAACUUCU